UCGACCUCGGCUUCCUGUUUCCUCGCCUCGUCCACAUCACAUUCACUCUAAAGCUGGUCGCUCUGUGAUCGCUUUAUUUGGUUCUUCACUUUCUUCCACUUCACUUGUUUAGAUUUCAAAGGAAACAUGGCAAAAAUUGGCUUUUUUGCUGACCUUUUACUUCUGUCUUUAGUUGCCUUGUCGCUCGCCUCUGACUCCAGGCUAAUAAAAGCAGUCCAUCAGAGCCACAGAGCAGCUGGAGUCUUCCUCCUCAUUCAGGGAGGGGUGUACACGUUCAACUUCACUGCUGCGAGAGAUGCCUGCUCAUUCCUGAAUGUUACCAUGGCAACAAUCACUCAGAUGGAGAAAGCACUACAGCAAGGACUGGAGACGUGCAAGUUUGGCUGGAUAGCUGAGAGGGUGGCAGUCGUCCCACGACUUACAACUGAUGAGAAAUGUGGAAGAGGAAAAACAGGAGUGGUGCGAUGGGCUGCAAGCACAGACACAAAGUUUGGGGUGUUUUGCUUCAAUGCAUCAGAUUUAGAGGAAACUAAAGCUCCAGCACCCAGCCAGCAAAGCUUUACUUCCCCCACCAUACAGACAGCUGUAACCCCGACCUCCACACCUGCUUCACCUGUGCCCUCUCUAACAAGCAAACCUCCACCUUCAGGAGAGCUGAGAACAACUAAAACCUCUGAGCUGACAGCGUCGACUUCAAGUCUACAAGUCCAGACAAGUUUAACCAGGAUCUCCGCUUCCACCUUUAAUAAACUGUUCUCCAGUCAUAUUCCUACGCCCCCAUCUCACCUCAUCACCACAGAAACCAAAGAUAUCCAUUUAGCCUCCUCUACUCCUGCUCAUGCCUCAGAUUCCUCCUUCACCUCAGAGUCACCAACACAGCCAACGAUGGUCCAUGAAAAACCUUCUCUAGGAGAUGUUCCAACAGCACUCAUCAUCCUCGGCAUCAUCGUUCUGCUCCUAACAGCAGCUGGAGUUGUGUGGUACUACAAACUGAAUAUUUUCACUUUUUGGUCUGAGCCACAGCAGAAAGACGACAUAGAGACUCAGAUGUGGAAACACAACCACAGUGAGAUGGACCUGCACAGUUUACACGAAGGAGAGGCAGAAGAUGAAGAACUGGCCAGGACAUACUCCAGCGAUAUCACACUGUGUGUGAAUCCAGACCUCAAAACAAACUCCUUAGAGUAGCUCCAGGAUUUUGGUUUUAGUGCGUGAUGUGAACUUUGUACUUGCAGUCUGACUCUUUCUGACAUAUUUUUGAAUAAUACACACAAAUUGCAAACUACAAUAGGAUUAACCUCAAUAAAUGCUUGAUGUGUUUUUUUCACUCAUUUUGGCAGAUUUAGCUAUUCUGGGGCUGUAGGUGAACACAGGUGCCCCCCCCCCCCCCCAUUUGUUAGCAUAUUAGUAUUGAUAAUAAAAUAUUUGGUUAAAUAGUUACAACCAAAUGACUUGUGUUUGGUUUUUCCAUUUGAAAAACUUACUCUUUGAAUGAGUGUGUUAACCCCUUAAAAUCUUAAAUGGUCUGAAUAAAGGCAGGAGAAAUUGUUAAGUUAGUUCUGUGCACAGGGGCCCCUAGUAGUCCAGGGUCCCAGGCAAUUACCUUCUUUUGCCUAAUUGUAAAG